AUGAAGUUAAUUCAACUGAUUAAAUCUUGCUACAAGAGGAAAAAAUUAAACGCUGGAACUGUCCAAAACGAUUCAAAUUUCGUUGAUUCCAGUAAGGAACGAAUCUUACGAGCCAAUGAUCGUGCAUUUAAUGAACGAUUUAAUUACGCGGUAAUCCCCGAUAAAUGGCAAUUUGGAAAAAAAAGAUCCAUGCAGAAACAUCGGAAAUUUUCAAUUAUUCGCAAUUUGCAGGAUAAUUACAUUCGCACAUCAAAAUACAACGUGAUAACUUUUCUACCGCUCAAUCUUUUUGAUCAGUUCCAACGUCUUGCCAAUUUUUAUUUUUUAAUGUUAAUGAUAUUACAGUUAAUUCCAUGGAUAAGUUCAAUAGUUUGGUACUCAACUGCCGUUCCGUUAUUUACUGUACUGGCAUUCAGUGCUGUGAAAGAUGCUUAUGAUGAUAUACAAAGGCAUCGUAGCGAUAAGCAGGUUAAUAAUCGGAUAUCAUGGGUCGUUCGUGGAGGUCGUCUUGUGGAUGAAAAAUGGUUGAACGUCAAAGUUGGAGAUGUAAUUAGGAUGGAACGUGAUCAGUUUGUUGCUGCUGAUCUUCUUCUUUUAACAACAUCUGAACCACACGGACUGUGCUAUAUCGAAACAUCUGAGUUGGACGGUGAGACUAAUUUAAAAGCACGGCAAGCAUUGCCUGAAACAUAUCAGAUGGGUGACAAAUUGGAUGAAAUGAGUAAUUUCAGAGGAGAAAUUCGUUGCGAAGGUCCGAAUAAUGAUUUGAGUCGUUUCAAUGGUAGUUUAACAAUAAAUGGAAUAGCUUAUCCUCUCGAUAACGAAAAAAUGCUAUUGAGGGGUUGUAAGCUUCGAAAUACGCGAUGGUGUUACGGUGUUGUUGUUUUUGCAGGUAGAGAUACUAAACUUAUGAUGAACAGUGGAAAGACGAAACACAAGCGGACAAGCUUGGAUCGGUUCCUCAAUAUUCUCAUUAUGGGUAUAGUUCUUUUUUUAAUAUCGAUGUGCCUUAUAUGUACAAUUUUGUGCGGGGUGUGGGAACGAACGACGGGACGUUAUUUCACGAUUUAUCUUGAAUGGGAUCGUUCAAUUGUUCCUAAAGCUGAGGAGAGAUCAUCGCAACAAAUUGUUAUUAUUGCCUUUCUUAUGUUUUUCUCUUAUGGGAUUCUGCUAAAUACGGUGGUACCAAUAUCGCUUUAUGUUAGUGUUGAAAUUAUACGAUUCUUCCAUUCAAUGUGGAUCAAUUUCGAUUGUGCUAUGUAUUAUGAGAAGGGUGACGUGGCUGCGAGAGCUCGAACAACAACACUUAAUGAAGAACUCGGACAAGUGCAAUAUAUAUUUAGUGAUAAAACUGGAACGCUUACACAAAAUAUUAUGGCUUUUAAUAAGUGUUCAAUUAAUGGGCGUUAUUACGGAGAUUUAUAUACAUCAUCUGGCGAAGUGAUUGAAAUAACUGAGGAUAUUCCAACAAUCGAUUUGUCGUCGAACAAAUGGCAUGAACCUCACUUUAAAUUUUAUGACCAGGCACUUUUAGAUGAUACUAGAAAUAAAAUACCGGAAGUAAUGGAGUUCUGGAGGCUUCUUGCUUUGUGUCAUACUGUGAUGCCAGAGCGUGGGCCAAAUGGUUCAUUAGUGUAUGAGGCUCAAAGCCCCGAUGAAGCAGCUCUGACUUCUGCUGCUCGUAAUUUUGGAUUUGUUUUUAAAACGCGCACAGCAAGAACAAUAACUUUGGAAGUUGAUGGUGUUGAAGAAGUAUACGAUUUAUUAUGCAUUCUUGAUUUCAACAAUGUUCGAAAACGGAUGUCUGUUAUCGUGCGAAAUGCAAAUAACGAUAUAAUGUUGUACUGCAAAGGGGCUGAUACGAUGAUAUUUGAACGAGCAUAA